UGAAACGCAGUUAUCGGUAUCAAUGAAAUAAUGAAACGCAGCUAUCAUAUGAAAUAUACGCCCAACAUUUCGGAGUUGCUGCCGGAACGCGAAUACCGUUGUGAACAAUGUGGCGACCAGGUCUUCAGCAACUACAGCCACUACCAGUUGCACCUGCGGCAGCGGCACAAAGUGGUAAUUUCUAAGCCAAACAUUUCUGUGUUCUACUGCCCAGUGGAACGGUGCAGGUACCAUGCCUCGGCAAUCGGUCGAGUGGAGGGCAGAAGCUUCUCCAGCCUGCGCCUGGUCCGGCAGCACUUUCAGAAGAUCCACCUGGCCAAAAACUACAAAUGUCUUAUCUGUGGCGAUAAGUUUCUGCUCCAACGUGACCUGGACAGGCACAAGUGCUUGGAACACAAGUGCCCCGUCUGCCAGCUAACAUAUAGCAGCGCGGCUGGUCUGCGAACCCACAUGAGGCGCAAGAAUCAUCUGUUGGACAAGAAUGACGGAAAGGUAGCAAUACCUGCCCUCGGCACGUGGAAGAAGCUGCAGGAAAUCAGCGCCACCAAUGAGAAUCCACCUACACUUCCCACCAUGCCUCCCACGCCGGAGAGCUGUACGGAUGCAGCGGAAGCAGAGCAAACAUUCGUCUGGUAUGUGCCACCCAUGGACGUUCAAUGUGUGCUGCAGCUACCAGAGGAUUCACAGCCGGAGAGACUGGACAUGGAAACUCAAACAGAGUUCGAAGAUCCCAAUGAGAUACUAGUGCCUCCACUGCGCAACAUAGAAACCCAAACGCCGGAAGACAACUGGGAUCAGGGCACCAUAACCGAUUUGACAAUGGCAGCGGCAACGGUGGUGCAGGAAACCCAAACGCCGGAGGACAAUUGGUAUCAGGGCACGAUGGCUGAAAUGACAACGGAACUGCCAGUGCAGGUACAGACUGCCGCCACUUCAGUUGGCCACAUUGAAACCCAAACGCCGGACGACAACUGGGAUGAAGAAACGUUGACCGAGAUGACGGAAGUUCAGGAUCAAACUGCCGCCACCACUGUGGGCCACAUAGAAACCCAAACGCCAGACGACAACUGGGAGGAUCAAGUGCCCGUACCCACGGCGCCCAUUUCAGUCGGUGACGGCUUUACCUCCUAUCCUCCCGAUAGCGAGCCGAUGUUUGGCGCACAGACUUCGGCCAACAUGUACACCCAGACCUGUGAUGAUUUAUUCGAGGAGCUGGGUCUAUCCCACAUACAAACCCAGACCCAUUGGCCGGAUGAUGGACUGUACAAUACACAGCAUACGCAAACCUGCGACGAGAUGCUUGACGAGUUGCUGGAGAACUUUACGUCCACAUAUACACAGACCCGAUGGCUGGACUGGCAGGAGAACGAAGAGAACGACAGAUGAGCCAAGAUGUCGUUAGACAAGUGUAUAUUCCAUGAAUAUAUCUAAGCUUU